CAAGUCAAAUCAAAAAACGCUGGCACAUUGCAAGCCCAUCAUUUGUCAUAUUUCCAAUUUCCCAUUUGGCGAGCUCGUAUAAAUAUCAUCGGAAUGCAAACGAUAAACGUCAGUUAGCGAGCUUAAAGAGUGGUAAACGGAUCCUCAGCACUAGCCAUCAAAUACUCCUGCCCAAGAUGCGCGGAUUCCUGUUACUUUGUUUCAUCGCCUCCGUUUCGGCGGCCAAGCUGGGCUACAACUACCAAGCUGCUGCCAGCGACCGACGAUUUGCCGGACUCAUCGAUGCCGAGGCCACAGGAUUCAGUUCGACACCCACGCAGCAGCAGCAGCAACUGGUGCAGCAGGAAUCGCAGCAGCAGCGGCAGCAGCAGCAGCAACAGAUUCCCGCUGCUGCGGAUGAGUUCAGCAAGGAGUUCUUCACUUACACCGCUCCCGAGGAGGAGUUUGCGGACCGCGAGGCCACCGAGCACAUUGCCAGCAUGCUAAAGCGCAACCUGCGCGUACUGUUCAUCAAGUCGCCGGAGCACCAGGGUCUCACCAACGCUGCCCUCCAGUUGGCCAAGCAGGCCAGUGAGCAGCGAACGGCCAUCUAUGUGCUCAGCAAGCAGGCGGAUAUUGGCCAGCUGGCCCAGCGACUGGCCACUGAGAACCAGGCCCAGAGCCACAAGCCGGAGGUGCACUUCGUCAAGUAUCGCACACCCGAGGACGCGGUGCGGGCCCAGCAGCUCAUCCAGCAGCAGUUCGACUCCUUGGGCGGCAGUUCCCGCAGCUCCGACGAGGGUGUGGCACCCGUGCUGGACUUUAGCUCAGCGCCCGCUGCCAUUAAUGUCCAGGAGCAGAAUGAUGCCCAGAACCAGGUCCAGGCGGUCACGCCGCUCACGAAGUAUUUGCCAGCGGCACUGCUGCGCAGCAAAUAGACAAAGUAAAUUAUGUUAAUAAACUUAAGUCCUUAGUAUAAAUCCUAGAAAUACAAGAAAUGAUA